AUGCAAGGUGGCAGCGACUCGGAAGACGAAGGCUGGCGUGACUGCGUCGAGUAUGGCCUCUCGACAAUCCGCAUUGGGCGCGACCUGCGCUUCCGCAUCCGUCAGAUGGAGGAGCUCUCGCUCGCCGCGUCCUUCUCGAUGCUCUCCGAGAUGAAGGCCACGUCGUCCGAGAUCUCGGGGCAGCGCAUUUGGCCCGGGUCGUACCUCCUUGCCGAGUACCUCCACGCCCACGCCGACAUUGUUGCUGCCAAACGCGUGCUCGAGCUCGGCGCCGGCACAGGCCUUGCGAGCCUCGUUUCGCGGCUGGCAGGCGCGUCCGACCUCGUCGCCACCGACGGCGACCUCGAGGUCGUCAACGACGUGCUGGCGUGGAACGUGCAGUCGAACGCACCGGACGCGACCAACUUGCACACGGCGUCGCUGUGGUGGGGCGACGCGGCUUCCAACGCGGCGUUCGCCGAGCGCUUUGGCGACCAUCGCUUUGACGUGCUCAUCGCCGGCGACGUGCUCUACAAGGGCGAGCUCGUCCCGCUCUUGCUCUCGACAGUCCGCACGUGGCUCGCGCCGCACGGACGCUUUGUGCUCUGCCACAUUCCGCGCGCCGACGUCUCCCACGACGUCCUCCAGGCCGCGCUGACAUCCCACGGGUUUCGCUUCACGACGACGACGACGCUCGACCGCGCCAACCUCCCGGACGACUGCGCUCUAGACGACGCCAAGCGCGCGAUUCUGUACGACAUUGUGUAUGCAUAA